UCCUAGCUGGAAGGUGGCAUGGCUGAGCCAGCUAGGGAAUUAGUGGCUCCUAACGAGUGGGUUCCAGCCUCGGAGGUGACGCCCGCGUUGGGGCCCGGGAGCGGCACUGCUUCGCUGCGGAACAACUGGAUGCUGUGGUCGGCGCUGACGCCACCGCCGCCUCCUUCGUCGUCUCCUCUCGCACCCGGGUCAGAGCCUUGCACCGAGGCGCAGCCUCCCAUGCUGGCCCAGUCUCUCUCCGGGGCGCCGCCCCCCUUCGAUGCUCAGAUUCUUCCCGGAGCGCAGCCCCCUUUCGACGCCCAGUCCCCUUUUGAUUCUCAGCCUCAGCGGAGCGGCGUGCCUUCCUGGAAUUUCCAGGCGGCGACCUCAUGGUACUGGGGACAGUCUCCUGAGGGUUUUCCGCUGCAUCAGAAUCCCCACAACCCUCCGGGUAACCAUUCUUACUUUCCACGGAACCAUGAUGCAAAGUUCAAUGACUUCAACAUUCCUCCCAAUAGAAAACAGAAAAAAAAGAAAAGAAAGGAGCCAGUUUUUCACUUUUUUUGUGAUACCUGUGAUCGUGGUUUUAAAAAUCAAGAAAAGUACGACACACACAUGUCUGAACACACAAAAUGUCCGGAAGUAGAUUGUUCUUUCAGUGCACAUGAGAAGAUUGUCCAGUUCCACUGGAAAAAUAUGCAUGCUCCUGGAAUGAAGAAGAUCAAGUUGGACACUCCCGACGAGAUUGCAAGGUGGAGGGAGGAAAGAAGAAGAAACUACCCAACUCUUGCCAAUAUUGAAAGGAAAAAGAAGCUAAAACUUGAAAAAGAAAAGAGAGGAGCAGUAUUGACAACGACACAGUAUGGCAAGAUGAAGGGAAUGGCCAGACAUUCGCAAGUGUCCAAGAUCAGAAGUCCUGGCAGACAAAACAAGUGGAAAAAUGGCAGUGCCCGGCAGGGAGUGGUUGGACCAGGCAAUCACGUGUGUGAUUCGAAACCUAAAGACCCACUUGAGGCAAAUGCAGAUCCUCUUGGUGUCUUGAUCAACAGUGACUCUGAAUCCGAUAAGGAGGAGAAACCACAGCAAACUGUCAUACCCAAGGAAGUGACGCCAGCCUUAUGCUCUCUGAUGAGCAGCUAUGGCAAUCUGUCAGGGUCAGAGAGCGAGCCAGAAGAAACUCCAAUCAAGACUGAAGCAGACAUUCUGGCGGAAAACCAGUUUCUUCCUAGCACUACUCCUCAGAGUCCAAGGCAAGAUGUUAAAGCAACUGUUACAAAUUUCUCAGAAGCCAAGUGUGAGAACCAAAAGAAAAGUUUUAAAAAGACAAACCCUCAGAGGAAAAAAAAUUAUCCUAACUAUCAGACAUUAUUUGAACCAAGAACACACCAUCCAUAUCUCCUGGAAAUGCUUCUCGCUCCAGACAUUCGGCAUGAAAGAAAUGUGAUUUUGCAGUGUGUUCGGUACAUCAUCAAAAAAGACUUUUUUGGACUUGAUUCUAAUUCUGAAAAAACUCAAGAUGUAUGAUGUCUCUACACACAUAACUGAAGCAUGUAAAAGAGUACCAGCCCCAAGUCAGUGGCAGCAAACCAAAACCCCCUUUUCUCCCAAAACUGGAUUAAUUAAAUUGUAAGCCUCAGAGGAGAUUACAUUGGAUCUUCAAGUCUUUCCUUUGGGUCCUUGCAAAUAAAUACAUCACUGAUUUUUUAAAAACUGUGUACUGUGUGUUGUUCAGAUUGUAUAUAAUAUUUAGUGGGAGAAUUUUCCUUUUUUGUUGUAUUGUUCUCAGGUAAGGAAGAUUGCUGGUAGACUAGUUAAGAAUUGAAGUAACUGGUUUAGGGUUAAAGAAGAAAGCUUUUAAAAUAUUCAGUAUAGCUAAGCACAGUUAGAGAAAUACAGCUUUUUUUUUUUUUUUUAAGCUGUAUUUAUUUAUUUGAAAAGGAAAGCGACACACAGUCUCUCUUCUAUCUCCUGGUUCACUCCCCAAAUACCUGCAACAGCCAGGGUUGGGCCAGGCCAAGGCCAGGAGUGCUGCCUCCCAGGGUGCACAUCAGCAGGAAGUUGGAUCAGAAAAGUAGUCAGGACUCAAACCAAGGCACUCCAGUGUGGGAUACCAGCAUCCUGAGUGGCAUCUUAAACCUUGCACAACAGCGCCCUCUCCAGCCUUUCUGUUUUAGUACAGGAAAGGAAGAGUUUUUAUUUGACUAUAGCAAGGGGAAAUAUUUUUAAAAUAAACCAGGUCAAGUUAAUAUAAUCAGGACUUGGAAAUAUUCCUGUUUAUUUUUAAAGACAUAUUGAAACUCACCUAACAUAGCUUAUUGAAUGUUUGAAAUACUGGUAUAGAUAUGGGCUCUGUGUUUAGAUUCAAUUUGCUUUGACCUGUGUAUGUUUAGACUUAAAUUGAAGUGCUUCUUGGUAUGUUUCAGAAUUGGGCCUUUUUUUUCCCAUGAGAAAGUAUGUCAAGAUAGUAUUUGAUGAGGUUCAACUCAUUUCUUAAAACAGAAACAGUGGUUGUGAGAUAAUCUGAAUAAUCUCAAUUUUAAGGCUUUACUUAUCCUAUGAAAGUAGUAAUGGGACUCUAAAAUUUUUUUAAAUCAAAGUUACUGAGAUAUUUUUGUCUCCUGUAAUAUGGGAGAAUUUGAUCUCAUGUUCUAGUCCUUACGCUGGCUAUAACUAUAGCUCUGCCUUCUGACAUAGAGAUAAUGGGAUAGGUUUUAAAAAAUUUCAUCUGCUAUGGGAUUGUUGAAGUUCAUGAAUCUUGCUGGUAAGAGAAAAGAUAAGAAAGACUUCUCCCCUCUUGUCUGCUGGUAAGACCCUCUGCAGAAGCCUGGAAGGCCUGGCAGCUAGUAACACUAAUGACCUCUCAGACCUGAGGUUAACAUUCCUGCUUAGUCACUGUUCUGUCAACCUUGUUGCCACCAUACAAACCUCUGUAUUCUGUUUCACCCUACUCCUCCAUUGAGCUUCCACAUUUUUGGAAGAUUAUCUGCUUAAUACAGUAUUUAGUUCAGUUCCUAGAACAUUGUGAAUUGUUUACUUGUGUGCCUCCACUGUGCCUGUAUUCAAGGUAUAAAAAUGAGUAAGUCCUUGCCUGACUGCAAGGAGCUUUUAGUUUUUACAUAUUCAACACUGUGAUUCCUAGCCUAAUUCAUCUAAUCAGGAUAAAGUAAUGUUCCACACUGAGUUGAUUUUCUAAAACAAAAGCUGCAGUUCUGUCACUGGCGCUUGCAGAUCCCACAGACUUAUCAUUCGUCAAUGAAUUCACAGACUCCUGGAUUCCUCUCAUGGACUACCAUGUCUCCACGAAUGUUGACAGUCACUGA